AAGCUCAGUAUAGUUUGAAUAACUCGAACCAAUCGGAUUGUUCUUUCGUAACAUAGUGAAAAGUAAGAAGGUAUAAAGGGAAGGAUCAAGGUGGAAGAAAAAAUAGUAAAAGCGAUAAAAAUGCUCAUAGAUUAUAAUUAUUAUAAGAUGGGAAAAGGUCUAUCGAUGAAAUUGUUAAUUCGAUGAUCAUCAUGGCAGCCCUUGUACGUCUUAAAAGAGGUAGCGUUCAAUUGAGACACGCGGCACUCGAGAUGAAAGCUGCUGUCAGAGCACGUCAUAUCGUUGCUGCAUUAGUGGCAAUGGGAUUUGCAUUGUGCGGUGCAGUCGAAGUAAGCUCGUCCGUUGCAUUAUUGGCCAAACAAGAGGACAAUCAUGCUAUCAUCGACACGUCCUGGCACUGUGACAUGCUCGUCAAUAUCAGCAGCCGAAAUCGUACGGAGGACUUUGAAGUUAUCCUAUUGGAGCUACCACCGGAAGAAAGAACGGAAUCGAUAAUGCGAGAAGCAUUUUUAUGGGGUCAAGUGGCCGGACCAAUAUUAGGAGGUUGUUUGGUUUGGGGUAGAUCAGGUCCAUCGAUGGUAUUUUCUCGAGCGGUAUUAAGUGCCUGUUUGGCAUCGUUAUUGGUACCAGCAGCUUGGAGAGGACCAUCCCACGUUGCACUUCGUCUCUUUCAAGGACUUUGUACCGGCGCAACCAUGCCAGCUGCUCACAUGCUAGCUAUGACCUGGUUUAAGAGCAAUCAUAGGAGUUCGUAUUUCAGUUGUUACGCCGCUGUCAGCGUUGGAUACUGUUUAACCGGUUGGAUAGGUACAGCUGUGGUUAGAACAUUCGGACGUGAUUCACUCUGUUACGGUUUGGUAUUCUUAGCACUUUGUUGGUAUUUUGCCUUUGGUAGAUUCGUCAAGGAUACACCGAAAUCUUAUCAGCACGAUACUAAUGCCGCUGUCAUUCCUUGGGGAAAAUUAUUAAGAUCCGUACCGGUUUGGGCAUCAGCAGUGGCGACUAUGGGAAAUCAAUGGGGCGACGCUACACUCGCCCUUGGAAUGACGAAAUAUUUAAAACUCAUAUAUGGAUUUUCUACGGCUAACGACUCGGUAUUGACUACUUUACCUCACAUUGGACACUUCAUGGCUGCUUUAACUUGUGGUCUAUUGGUUGAUCACGUUCGCGAGUCUAGAAUCGUAUCAACGACCACAGCAAGAAAAUUGGUCGUUUAUACCGCUCAUUUCAUACCGGCCGCAUUACUCUUCGUCGCAGGAUACGCGGGUUGUCAGGCGUUAGGUGCAGCCUGGUUAGGUAUUGCGGCACUUUUGGUGUCCGGUACAGCACCGGCCGGUGCACUUGCUGCCAUAGCUGAUCUUGCACCAGCCGAAUCACCGGCCUGUGCUGCAGCAGCCUGUGCCCUUUGUUCCACUUUAGGUGCAGCGGGCUUAUUGGCUGCUAAUUAUUUCGUCACCCAAGCUCUUCAUGGUUCGAUAGCCGGAUCCUGGCGAUUGGUCUUUGGCGUAGCAUCGGUCGUUUUGUUAUCAACCGCAGCUGUAUUUUUAGCAUUGGGCAAAGGUGUACCACAACCAUGGAUACCAUCGGUGGCACGUCCACGUAGUCACGAUGUUAUUUAUGAACAGGAUCCACUUGAGCUCGAUUACGAGGACGUCGCUGUACAAACCGAACCCUUCAGUCAUUAUUCUUAUGACGAUGACGUCGAAAGUCUUAAAAAUUUACCACGCAGUUCCUCGAUUCAUUCGAAAAUCUCAGCGAUUUCUAUUAAUCAAGUAUCGUGAAGAGGAAUCUCUCACGAGAUUAUAUCUCCUGAUUUUUCACAUAACUCUCAUAUAUAUAUAUAUAGGUACCAUGUACUGAUAAUUGUACAUACAUACAUACAUGCAUACGUUGAUGCAAUUAACCAAUUAUCACCUAAUGAAAUCUUAUUAACACACUCACAAUCUUAAUUAUUCGACAUUUCUUAUUAUUUCUGUAUAUAUCUAAUUGUUUAUUAAAAUGAACGAAAAUUUUUUUUUU